ACCGAGCGCAGGAAGCCGAGCAGGAAGCGAGCCGGCGGCCGCGCUUUCCAGGGGGAGAAGCGGGGUGGCGCAGCCAACCGGAGCCGGGAGCCGCCGCCUGGAUGGGGUGUUGACAAAUCUGCUUGGACUUUGGAUGGCUAAAUGGACUAAACAUGAAGAGCCUGAAAGCGAAGUUCAGGAAGAGUGAUACCAAUGAGUGGAACAAGAACGACGACCGUCUGCUGCAGGCCGUGGAGAAUGGAGACGCCGAGAAGGUGGCCUCGCUGCUGGGCAAGAAGGGGGCCAGUGCCACCAAGCACGACAGCGAGGGCAAGACUGCUUUUCAUCUUGCUGCAGCAAAAGGACACGUGGAAUGCCUAAGGGUCAUGAUUUCGCACGGUGUGGAUGUCGCCGCCCAGGACAGUACGGGACACAGCGCUCUGCAUAUUGCAGCCAAGAGCGGCCACCCUGAGUGCGUCAAGAAGCUCCUCCAGUCCAAAUGCCCAGCUGAAAGUAUUGACAGCUCUGGGAAAACAGCUCUACACUAUGCAGCGGCGCAGGGCUGUGUUCGAGCUGUGCAGGUCCUCUGUGAGCACAAGAGCCCCACGAACCUCAAGGAUCUGGAGGGGAAUAUACCCCUGCUUCUUGCAGUACGGAACGGCCACAGUGAGGUCACCUGCCUUCUCCUGGAGCAUGGAGCAGAUGUCAAUUCCAGGGACAAAAGUGGAAGAACUGCUCUCAUGCUGGCUUGUGAAACUGGCAGCUCUCACCUCGUGGAAGCCUUAAUUAAAAAGGGUGCAGACCCCAACCUUGUAGAUUCUCUUGGACACAAUGCCUUACAUUAUUCCAAACUCUCGGAAAAUGCAGGAAUUCAAAGCCUUGUGUUAUCAAAAAUCUCUCAGGAUGCUGAUUUAAAGACCCCAAGCAAACCAAAGCAGCAUGAUCAAGUCUCUAAAAUAAGCUCAGAAAGAAGUGGAACUCCAAAAAAACGCAAAGCUCCACCACCUCCUAUCAGUCCUACGCAGUUGAGUGAUGUAUCUUCCCCAAGAUCAAUAACUUCCACACCACUCUCGGGAAAGGAAUCGGUGUUUUUCGCUGAAGCACCCUUCAAGGCUGAGAUUAGUUCUAUAAGAGAAAACAAAGACCGGCUGAGUGACAGUACUACAGGUGCUGACAGCUUGUUGGAUGUAAGCUCUGAAGCUGACCAAGAUCUUCUCGUGCUGUUGCAAGCGAAGGUGGCUUCCCUUACUCUACACAACAAGGAGUUACAAGACAAGUUACAGGCCAAAUCCCCCAAGGAGGCUGAGGGGGACCUAAGCUUUCACUCUUUCCAUUCGACUCAGACCGACCCAGCCCCAUCGCUGGGUGAAUCUAGUGAAGCCUUUUCCCCAGGUGCCAAAACAUCUCCUCCUGUCCCAGUGGGGAAACCCACUGUCAACAGCGAUGUCCAAAUCCAGCAACUCCAAGAGAUCCUGCAAGACUUGCAGAAGAAGCUGGAGCGCUCUGAAGCGGAGAAACAGCAGCUCCAGGCUGAGCUGCAGUCUCAGAGGACAGACCCGGGGUGCUUGAACAGCACAGAGAUUUCAGAGAAUGGCUCUGACCUCAGUCAGAAACUUAAAGAGACACAGAGCAAGUACGAGGAGGCCAUGAAAGAAGUCCUCAGCGUGCAGAAGCAGAUGAAACUGGGGCUCCUCUUGCGUGAGAGUGCGGAUUCCUACUCCCAUCUCCCCGAGGUGAGCGUCACGGACAGGGAGCUCAGCGUGCUGAAGCAGGAUCUGCAGAACGCCUUAGAGGAAAGCGAACGACAUAAAGAGAAAGUGAGAGAGUUAGAGGAAAAACUCGUGGAGAGAGAGAGGGACGGCGGGACUAAGCCUGCUACGGAAGAGUACGAGGAAAUGAAGAGCUCCUAUUGCUCUGUUAUCGAGAACAUGAAUAAGGAGAAGGCAUUUUUGUUGGAGAGAUACCAAGAGGCCCAAGAAGAAAUCACGAAAUUGAAAGAUACGCUGAGAAGUCAGGCGACAGCCGAGAGCCCCGAUGACACGGAGGACAUGAAAGAGGCCCUGAACAGGAUGGUCGAUGAGCUCAACAGGCAGGUGAGCGAGCUGUCACAGCUGUACAAAGAGGCCCAGGCUGAGCUAGAGGAUUACAGGAAGCGGAAGUCUCUGGAGGAGGUGACGGCCGACUACGUGCACCGAGCAGAGCACGAGAAACUGAUGCAGAUGGCCACGGCGUCCAGGGCCAAAGCCGAAGCAGCCCUGGGGGAGAUGAAGUCUCAGUACUCGAAAGUGCUGAGCGAGUUGACCCAGCUCAAGCAGCUGGUGGAUGAGCACAAGGAGAACUCCGUGUCCAUCACAGAACAUCUGCAGGUGAUCACCACCCUGCGUACCACUGCCAAAGAGUUGGAGGAGAAGAUGAGCGGCUUGAAGGAGAGUCUGGCAGCCAAGGAGGCCGAAGUGGCGCGGCUGGAAAAGCAGCUCGUGGAAGAGAAGGCUGCCACGACCGAGGCGCUGGUGCCCAGGUCCUCCUAUGAAAAGCUCCAGGCAUCCUUGGAGAGGGAGGUGAGCGCAUUGGCAGCAAAGCUAAAGGAAUCGGUCAAAGAAAAAGAGAAAGUCCACUCGGAGGUCGCCCAGGCUCGAAGUGAGGCAUCCCGGGUGAAAAGGGAGAAGGAAAACAUUCACACCCUCUUGAAAUCCAAAGAGCAGGAAGUUACGGAACUUCUGCAAAAAUUCCAGCAAGCUCAGGAAGAACUUGCUGAAAUGAAGAGAUGUUCCGAGAGCUCCUCAAAGCUGGAGGAGGAUAAAGACAGGAAGAUAAACGAGAUGUCGAAAGAAGUCACGAAAUUGAAGGAGGCGCUGAACAGCCUCUCGCAGCUCUCCUACUCCACAAGCUCAUCGAAGCGGCAGAGCCAGCAGCUGGACGUCAUGCAGCAGCAGGUCAAACAGCUCCAGAGCCAGCUGGCUGAAUGCAAGAAACAACACCAGGAGAUCAUAUCAGUUUACAGAAUGCAUCUUCUAUAUGCUGUGCAGGGUCAGAUGGAUGAAGAUGUCCAGAAAGUACUGAAGCAAAUUCUUACCAUGUGUAAAAACCAGGCCCAGAAGAAGUAGAGUGGCUUCCUUGGCAGGACGCUGCCCCUUGCCGUGCAUCUUUGUGGUCGACCCGGAGUUGUCGCUGAGCGCCGCUGCCGUUCUCAUCGUGGUAUGCACUGUGACCUGCCAUUGCGUCUUCCUUCCAGAGGUUUCUGGGGGACUGGUCCCGGGAGAAGAUCCCCUCCUGAGAACUGCUGAGAGACCUCAGAGCAGCAGGCAUGAAUGGCCCUGUCUUCUCAGAUUCCAGAGCUGGGAUCAGCCGUGCCUGCAAUUGUGGCCCUAAUGUCAGCAGGUGGACACCCUCCUUGGAACUCGUCACCCCUCACGCUCUGCUGAGGCCCCCUUGCAGUGAAUGAUGCCCCCGUUUCUGUCCUCGGGCAAUGCUAUUCCACAUACGAGAGCUCUUUUUGCCUUUGGCUUUGAAUUCCAAAACUGAUUUAAUUUCUAGCCAAAUUAGCAUGGCACUAGUUAUAAGGUGCAUGCACACGACCCUUUAUCAUACAUAUCCUGUGGAUUUAAAAACUAGUUCCAUCUAUUCCCCAAGCUGCCUUAUAUCUCAUCACCCUGAUGAGUAGUAUUAACUAAAAUAUGAAGUUUGAAAUCAACAGCAAACUGUCCUGUAAAAGUUUUUUUUUUUUAAUCUCAAUCGCCAUAUUACAAAUUUUCUAUGCAAACUUGCCUCCUGCUGUUACCCAUGAAGCUCAGGAAACCCAAAUUUUUGUGUUUCAACAAGGGACAGUAAACUGUGUUUACAGCUGAAAGAAAUGCCUCAGAAUUCUUAACCUCAGUUUUUUAAGUGUUUUUUUUUUUCCUCUAUAAUAUUGUUAUUGGCCCUUAAAGAUGUUUUCCUACCUAAGUAAAAUGACAUUAGAUGAUAUUAACAAUAUAUUUUAGGUAACUAUGCUUAAGACCUUUUAAAAAGAUAACAUUUUCCUCAAAGUUAGAGCAAAGGGUAGUUAUAUAUUCCAAACUUAGUAUGAGCUGCCACCAGCACCCCUUGGACUUUUUGCUGUUGGACUGACUCAAAACUGUAGUGCAUUUCUGAAUAUAGUAAAUCCCCUUUUUGCCCUUUGAAUAUUUUUGAAUGCCACAACUCUAUAAGCACCCAUAAAUUAUCACUGGAAGGACUGUGAGUUCCAAUGAGUUUUUCCACUUUGAAAAGUCCUGAUAUGGUAACAUGGUGCAUAGCAAAAAAGCCUUGAGGGAAAAUAUUUUAGUUCACUUUACUGUCAGGUUAAAAAUGUUUCUGACUUGCUUGCAGCUUUUCUUACGGCAUUCAACUUGUGGGAGAUAACCAGAAUGCAGAACUUUUAGUAUGCAACUAAAAGUGGAGGCCUACUCUGACAGGGCCCAUGAACUAUAAGGCUGCCUGGGGUCAGAGGGUGCCUGGCUGAACUGGAUAAUCUGUAUUGGAUGAGGACCAAUGACAGCCAAACAAAAAUGGCUUUGAAGCUUUAAAGCUUGGUGUUGUUACUUAAGUUGUUUAAUUACAGUGAAGCAUUUUCAAAAGCGCUCCAAAGAAAUGUGAAAGGACUUUUUUUUUUGCCACAGAACUUAAGAAAACACAAAACAACUCCCCAUUUGUGUCCCCCACACAGAAAUGCUGCACAGUAUAAAACUUGAGACAUUUUGUAGGAUGCCUGACAAAGUGUAGCCUUUCAUCUUGUUUCAGGAUGCAUAUUUAUUACAAGUAUUCGGUUAAAUAUUGACAAGUUAUAUGCUGUAGUUUAGCAUUUUGUCUUUAUAAUUUACAGAAAUUAUUGCAGAAAAUAAACUUGGUUCAUUUUGCA